GGUAAUCUGUAGUUUCAGAAAACAAAUAAAUAUUUCUAAAUCUACAAAUAUUUUUCUCUCCGUGCACUCACGUUUCAGCGAAACUGGCCGCUAUCCGGUAUUCGCUCGUCAUACGGGUUCGUUUCAACACGAAACGCGAGAAUUUUUGGGGCACGGAUAAAUUCGACACACUUUCUACCAUUGGCGCGCAAACUAUGGCAAUAAAACUCAUUCUAGUGUGUGAGUGUGUUAAGUUCUACACGGAAGCCGAACUCCAAACAAGAUCGUUUUUCAAACAACACCCCGAACUGCUCGCCCUUAAAGCUGACAAGGGAAACAGAACCGUCGUAUUAUCAAGGGAGGUGUACAACGAAAAAAUGAAACAGCUGUUAAACGACGACCGUACCUACGAGAAGGUGAAAAGAGAUCCAACAUCAAGGUUUGAGAAAGAAAACAACAACAUCGUAAAACGACUCAACGAUCUCAACCUCCUAAAACCGAAACAACCAGAGCGACUACGAACAUAUACUGCAGUGUGCCCAAAGAUCUACGGCCAGCCGAAGGCCCACAAGGAGGGACUCCCAUUGAGGCCUGUUGUACCAUGUAUGACGUCACCAACCUAUGAGCUCUCGAAAUACAUUGGCAACGUAAUCCGGCAAUCGAUAGACAGCAAGUACAACAUUCGUAACUCGUUCGAGUUUUGUAGGUACGUAAACACACUCACACUACCAAACAGCCACAUACUGGUAUCGUUCGACGUCGUAGCGCUGUUCACGUCUAUACCACUAGAACUCGUCACGAAGAGCGUUAUCAAGCGAUGGAACAAGAUCAAAGAGCACACACCAAUUUGUUUGGACAUGUUCUGUGAGAUCGUAGAGUUUUGCGUCAACCGUAGCUAUUUUUCUUUCAACGGAGAAUACUACAUCCAAAAGUUUGGAACGGCUAUGGGCAACCCGCUAUCAUCGCCGAUUGCUGACCUCGUAACCGAGGAGUUGAUUGAUCAUGCCCUCGAAGCUGUUAACUUUCCAAUCCCUCACAUCAAAAAGUAUGUUGACGACAUGUUUCUGUCACUCCCAGCUGAUAAAAUCGACUACGUGAAAGAAGUUUUCAACAGUCAGGACAACAACAUUCAGUUCACGGUCGAAGUUGAGCAAAACCGACGGCUCCCAUUCUUAGACAUGACUCUGGUUAGGCAAGAAGACCAAACUGUCCGCACAGAAUGGUACAUGAAGCCGAUCGCGUCGGGAAGGUUCCUCAACUACCACUCGCACCACCCCCCACACCACAAGUUGAACGUCGCGUUCAAUUUCGCAAAGCGGGUAAAGAUGUUGUCAACAAACUUGGAUCACAACACCGCUGCAAACAUCAUCCGCAAGCACCUGCUGAUCAACGACUACCCAAAGUCGUUAAUAAACCGCGUCAUUUCCAGAACACCACAAAAUCAGCUGUUUGAGGAGGUAAACAACAACACAGUGAUAGACAAUAGUGAGAACGAUACAGCUAUGGACGCAAGUACGAAUAACACACCAAUAUUCUACUCGCUCACCAAUAUUUAUGGUCUCACCCAGAAAAUAACAAAAACACUUCACAAGGAAUACCCAAACAUACAAAUAGCCAUCAAAAACACAAAAACAGUAGCUUCCCUCCUACCACUGGUGAAAGACAAAACACCAAUACAAGAACAAUCCAACGUUGUGUACGCUAUACCAUGCAACGAUUGUGAUGCCUGCUAUAUUGGGAUUACAACAACAAAACUGAAAACAAGAAUGUCUGGACACAAAUCAAAUGUAAAACAACUACAAGAACUGAAAGCGAAGGGAUACACAAACACAGACGCAGAGAUCAGCUGGGCAAAAGAGAAGUCGGCGUUGACGAGUCACGUAGCAGCUAUGGACCACUCGUUCGGGAUCGACUCCGUACGAAUUGUAGAUCGGUCAAUGAAGGGGGCCAAUCUACCGAUCCUGGAGAGUUGCCACAUUAAAAACACACAACAUACUGUCAACAAGCGGACAGACACGGAUAAUCUGCAUGCUGCAUAUGCCGGGAUUUUGAACGAGAUUAAGAACAUAUACACAAGGAAGAAAAACCAAAACAAAAUAAAUAAAAACAAUAACAGUAGGGACAACACACACACUAACACAUAAUGCCAACACCUUAACACACUCACACACUAGAAUGAGUUUUAUUGCCAUAGUUUGCGCGCCAAUGGUAGAAAGUGUGUCGAAUUUAUCCGUGCCCCAAAAAUUCUCGCGUUUCGUGUUGAAACGAACCCGUAUGACGAGCGAAUACCGGAUAGCGGCCAGUUUCGCUGAAACAUUACCCCGCUACCAGACAGUUCUGUGCUUGACGGAGCAUCCCCUAACGACAAACACUCCCAUUUCGGUAAGCCUAGCAUAAGUGUACAUUUUUUAUGUUUUUGUGCCUUACCCAAUAAAUCUACCCCUAGAUUCCUUGAAAAAGGCCCAAAACGGGUCGAAACGUCGGAUGAAGAGAACAUACAAGUGUUUUGAUUCCCCAAACAGACCGAAAGCCAAA